AUGAGCGAAGAGGAGAUGAUGAGAUUGAGGGAGUUGAAGAGGAAUCAUCAUAAUUUUAAGAAGAUACCAUUUAAAUGUGAGGCUUGUGUUCUAGGUUUCACAAGAGAAGAAAAUUAUAAUUUGCAUAUGCAAAAGAAACAUGCAGAGAGUAUAGGACCCUACCAAUGCGAAGUAUGCAGCGUCCGAUUUCCAACAAAAUUAGCUACGGAAAAACACAGACGUAAGCACUACGUCUGCUAUAGAUGUCGCUGUUGUCGAUAUGAGGCGCAUGAGCUCUGGUCAGCGCUGAACCAUUGUAAGACAAAGCAUUUGACCGAUGAACCGGAUAGAAUACAUUGUUCACAGUGCAACGUUGUUGUUAAAACUCCGGAAGAAUUAGAAAAUCACGUACAAAAGGAACAUUCUCUUCAUUGUAAUGAAUGUGGAGUCAAAUUCAAAGCGAGCAACACUUUGAGGAGACAUAUAGCACGUAUACAUUCAGUACUUCGAGACUUCAUAUGCGAUAUAUGUUCGAAGACUUUUAAAACGAAGACUCGUCUUGAAUCGCAUAUAGUGAAACAUAACGCUAACAUAGCGAAGAAGCUGGCUUAUUGUAAUAUAUGUAAUGUGCAGUACAAGAACAUAUAUGUUUAUCGAAACCAUUUGAAAUCCAGUGCUAACCAUACGGAGAAAGUCUAUUCUUGUCCGGAAUGCAGUAAAAAAUUCGCGUCAAAAGUGUACUGGACGAAUCAUUAUAAUUUUUAUCAUUUACGGAAAUCGCAAUAUAAAUGUGAUAGUUGUGAUAAGGUGUUCAUAUCAGAUUGGAGAUUGAAAAAUCACAAACAAAUUCAUCAUGGACUAUCUCGAACCAGGGACCACGCUUGCGAUUUGUGUACUAAGAAGUUUUAUACGCUGGCCACUCUCCGUUCCCAUCGGCUGACUCACUCGGAGCACAGGUCGUAUAUGUGCGAAGAUUGUGGACAUACAUUCAAACAACGAGCUGCAUUAUACACGCAUAAUCGGUUACUUCAUCGACAGACCUAG